AUGGCUGGUCCUAGCAAGUCUCUGAUCCUUGAUCCGGCCCUCCAGAAAUACUAUGAACUCAAUGCCAACCGCUACAAGUACUGGCGCUGGACCCCGCGCCAUGCCAUGAUCUCGUUCGUCUACAUGGGCCUGAUCCCCGGUGUCCUGGGCUACUUUGCCUACAAGUACGAGGGCAAGUUCGAGUUCCGUGGCAAGCGCAGAGGAGAUACGAUCUCCGAGUGGUAG